AUGCCACCCAAAGGCAACGGAGUUUCGGGCCCAGUUGCACAAAGCAUCCCUCCGACGGACAUGAGCGACCAGAUCGAAAGAAUGUGUCGUCUAUUGGAGGCAAGCCAGCAGCGGUCCGACGAGGCAAUCAAGACAUUAACCGAAGCCCAAGCUAGGCUCGAAGCAGAGAUUGUUGAGCUGCGCAGGUCCGCUGACACAACUCGCAACACCCAAGCCCACGAGAAUCUUGAUUCUAACAAAUCUGACGUUCUAGUCGACCGCGUUAAUUCCCCACCUCACAACAUGAACCCAGGUAACGGGCAAUCCCAAGCCAUCCCCCCAUCCUCUGGGACCGACGGGCGACAAGCCCCAACCUCUGGCACACAUGGACGGGCCGAAGCAGAGCCCACUGGACCUGCUCAGCCAACAACCGAAGUCCGGCCUCAACGCACCAUACCUCAAGUCGCACACGAUUCUCCCUCUGAAGGUCGCGUUCCCUCGAUCUGUUUCUUGGACAGUUGGAAAGAAGACAUGAUGAGGGAAAUGAUGCAGAAGUUCUCAGAUGGGCGAUCCGCCUACGCCACUAAACAUUUGGAUCUUGUAUCAAGAACCACCGAAAAAUCGCCUUUCUCGGAAUGGAUCCUGAAUGAGCCAAAGCCUCGGGACUUCGUCAUCCCUUCCCUGCCUGCAUUCAAUGGAAAGGGAGACCCGCUAAACCACCUAUUUCAAUUUCAACAAAAAAUGGCGUUAGAAGCUAAUAACGAAGCCAUACAAUGCAAAGUCUUUUCCACGACUUUCUCCGGGCCGGCUCUGUUAUGGUUCCGACAAUUAAAGGCCGGAUCACUCAACAGUUUUAGUGAUCUCCGACGGUCCUUCUUACAGCAGUACAACGCGAAUCGAGAAGCUCCCAGAACAAUGGCCGAUCUCUAUCGAAUUGAACAAGGGGAGAGUGAACAUCCAAAGGCAUACUUACAGCGUUUCAUUGACCUCGUGCAUCAAAUCCACGACAUCGACCCACUCACCGCAACAAAUCUCUUCGUCAAAAGCUUGCAGGUGGGGUCACUCUUGCAUGAGAAUCUCACUAUGACACCACCAUACGACAUGGCAGACGUGCAGACCCGAGCCGAGGGCGUCUUCAGGGUAUUAGAAUUUCGAGAGCGCGCACAGAAGAAGACUGCACUCAUCUCUGCUCCCCCAGCAAAUAAUCCUCCAUCACCUGCUAGGGAUGACAAGAGGAAGCGGAACAAAACAGAUCAUACGAAGGAAGGAAAAAGGCCAAGAUAG